AUUCUCGCAUCGAUGGCUUUUUUACAAAGACCUGUUGAAUUAUUGAGAACGAAUAUGCGCUUAUUCCUUAAAGUGGUACAAUACACAACACUCUCUGGUACAACACUCUUACAUUUAGAGGAGAUUGAGUGUCUUACCAAUAUCCGCAUGUAUAACCGUGAACGAGCCCAUUUAACACGUCAGGGAAAAUAUUUAGCUCUCACCAUAGAAAAUCUUUUCGGACGCAGUCCUUCACUGGUAAUUGGAGACAGGGUUAAAGCCGAAGACCCCUGAACAGUUCUCGUUUCCCUCCCAAGUACAGACGCGUGAACGUCCACAAUUGGAUAUACACUUUUCCUAAUGACGGUAAAAUUAUAUCGUAAAAGCAUUAAACCGGAAUCCAUCGGCAUCAUAACACCGUACGAAAAACAAGUUAAACAUCUGCGUAAACUUUUCGAUGAUGCUGACGUAGAAGCGCCUAAAAUAGGUACUGUGGAGGACUUCCAAGGACAGGAACGCGAAAUAAUAUUAAUUUCAGCAGUGAGAUCAAGCAAGGAGCUUAUACCUAGCGAUGUGCGACAUGGAUUAAGUUUCAACAAAAACAAGAACGUUGAGCUUCAAGAUAUAGUUUAUAAAGAGACCGCUAUUGAUCACAAUCAAGACGCCAGCGGUGGAAGAUUGAAUGUUUUCACUAUUAAGGAUAGCGCCACGCUUAUGCAUUGGAAUAACACACCUAUAUAUAACACACACCUAGAUAUAACGUAUGGACGUGAUGGCUUCGAUGGUGGCUUCGGCCCAACGCCACCACCCCUACCACCACAUUUUGCACGCAUGCCUGGAUUUUUUCAACCUUUACCGCGCAUUAGUUAUGAAACAUCACAUAUAAAAGCCCGUCCAUCGUCACCCCACCUCCCAUUACACUAAUACCGCGUGUGAAGAAAGAAAAAAAGACCUAUUUAUGAAAUUGUCGAAGAACCUUCACGACGGUAGCCCAAACUACUACGCCUACCAUAUCAUGUGGCGCCAAGCUGACCGUUCAAGGUGCUAUUCAAACACUUUACCGAAAGCCAACCAACAUUGGUUAUUGAACGCCCUGAAGCUAAUACUACGCAUGUGGGAGGCGCUGGCACAUUGGAAUUGCAAUACAAAGGUUUUCGUAAACCGGUGGUUCAAGUCAAGGAUGAGAGCCAUAAAUUCCUACAUGAAGACGAUUAUUAAAAACACCGACACCGACGACGCUGGUAUCUAUUUGUUCCAUGCUGUGAAUAAUUUGGGUGAAAAUACUUCAGAAAUUAAUUUAAUCAUUAAGGCUCCCCCUAAAAUCAAGAAGAUCACAGAUGUGACGUGUAAACUUAGCGAAGCAGUGAAAAUAGAAAAGCAAGUGGACGGAUUAUUUUCUAUACUGCAUGAAAUUAUUUCUCACUUCUAUUUCAGUUCGACGCAACUACCACGGAUUAUUUUCUGUAUAUUCUACAAGUUUUUCUCUCUUUUAUUGU